UCGGUUGAGGACGGUGGCUUACUCGUCUAAGUCGCCGAAUAUUUGCGAUUUAUUGUGUAAAAUUGUAGUAUUUCUGUUAACACCCGGGACAAACAGUUAAAGCGAUCAUGGCGGACGAUGAAAACAACCUUGACGAUGGGCCGGGGCCGGGAGAUAUGAAAGGAGGCGGCCAGAUGCGGCUUCGCGGUCGCAAAGGCGCCCUAAAGAAGAAAAACAUUUACUUCGUGAAAGACCACAAGUUCAUGCCGAGGUUCUUCAAGCAGCCGACGUUCUGCUCCCACUGCAAGGAUUUCAUAUGGGGCUUCGGGAAACAGGGGUUCCAGUGUCAAGUGUGCAGUUUCGUGGUGCACAAGCGAUGCCACGAGUACGUGACGUUCACGUGCCCCGGCGCCGACAAGGGGGCCGACUCCGACGACACGCGGACCAAACACGACUUCAAACCUUACACGUACUCGUCGCCGACGUUCUGCGACCACUGCGGGUCGCUGCUGUACGGGAUCCUGCACCAGGGUCUCAAGUGUCAAGCAUGUGAUAUGAACGUGCACAAGCGGUGCGAGGAGUCGGUCCCGAACCUGUGCGGGUGUGACCACACCGAGCGACGAGGACGGAUACAGCUGUCCGUCUCGUGCGUCGGCAACAAGCUCACCGUUGAAGUGAUACAGGGUCGCAAUCUCAUCCCGAUGGACCCGAACGGCCUAUCCGACCCUUACGUCAAGCUCAAGCUCAUCCCCGAGUCGGACAGCGUCAAGAAGAAGACCAAGACCAUCCGCAACUCCCUUAACCCUGAGUGGAAUGAAACGCUCACAUUCGAUCUUAAACCUGAGGACAAGGACCGCAGACUGCUUCUAGAAGUAUGGGAUUGGGAUCGUACCUCCCGUAACGAUUUCAUGGGUUCCCUCUCCUUCGGCAUCUCCGAAGUGAUGAAGGCACCAGCGGAAGGCUGGUUCAAGCUACUCACUCAGGAAGAAGGGGAGUACUACAAUGUGCCGGUGCCCGAAGAAGGGGCGGAUCUAGCUCAACUCAAGAACCAGAUGAAGGCGACCAACAUGGGCGCCCGCAAGCCGCCCCCUGUGGACCGGGAGGUGCCUCACAAUAUGCACGCAGCUGACGUCAUCAGAGCUACGGAUUUCAACUUCAUCAUGGUGCUCGGGAAGGGGUCGUUUGGAAAGGUGAUGUUAGCGGAGCGGCGCGGAACUGACGAGCUGUACGCCAUCAAGAUCCUGAAGAAGGACAUCAUCAUACAGGACGACGACGUGGACUGCACCAUGGUGGAGAAGCGCGUGUUGGCGCUCAGCUCCAAGCCGCCGUUCCUCGUGCAGCUGCACUCGUGCUUCCAGACUAUGGAUCGCCUGUACUUCGUGAUGGAGUACGUGAACGGCGGCGACCUGAUGUUCCAGAUACAGCAAUGCGGCAAGUUCAAGGAGCCCGUCGCCGUGUUCUACGCGUCUGAGAUAGCCAUCGGCCUGUUCUUCCUGCACUCGCGCGGCAUCAUCUACCGCGACCUGAAGUUGGACAACGUGUUACUGGACCAGGACGGACACAUCAAGAUCGCCGACUUCGGCAUGUGCAAGGAGGGCAUUACAGGUGACAAAACCACCAAGACCUUCUGCGGCACACCCGACUACAUCGCGCCGGAGAUCAUCUUAUACCAGCCCUACGGGAAGUCCGUGGACUGGUGGGCAUACGGCGUGCUGCUGUACGAGAUGCUGGUCGGCCAACCGCCGUUUGACGGCGAGGAUGAGGAGGAACUGUUCGCGGCGAUUACCGAUAACAGCGUGUCGUACCCAAAGACGCUGAGCAAGGAAGCAAAAGACGCGUGCAAAUCGUUCCUCCAGAAGAACCCGCUGAAGCGUCUGGGCUGCGGGCCGCGCGGCGAAGAGGACGUGCGCACGCACGCUUUCUUCCGCCGCAUAGACUGGACGCGCGUCGAGCUGAGGGACGUGCAGCCGCCGUUCAAGCCGAAAAUUAAACAUCGCAAGGACGUGUCCAACUUCGACAAGCAGUUCACGCAGGAGAAGACGGAGCUGACGCCCACCGACAAGCUGUUCAUGAUGAACCUCGACCAGACCGAGUUCAUGGGCUUCUCCUUCCUCAACCCCGAGUACGUGCAGCACGUGUGAGCGACCAGGUGAAAGCCAAUGAAGUUGCUUCCACGCUGCCGGCGUCUCCAUCUAUCACUGUCUCUGUCACUCGUACGCGCGCGUACAGCUGUCUCAUUCGUUCUGGAACUUUCUUUCAGGAGGGGAGGGGAGUGCGAAGUUAGGAGUUGCUCAUUUCAUUGUCGUGUGUCGACUGAGUAUUAUUUUAGUAUUUAAUUUGUCCAUCCAGUGCGGCAUGACAUGGUUGUGUUUGGUUUUCGCAAUAAAUUAUCAUCUCAACGAAUUACAUCAAAGCAAUAAUUGUAUUCAUGUUGUGAUUGCUCUCUAUGUCGUAUCGGUAUUGGCGAGAACAGAAGUCUAAGAAAAAGGAUCUAUAAUAAAAUACCUUCAAUAAAAAAUGAAUUUAAACUUAAGAUCUUGAAAAAAAAAAUAUAAAUGGGCUAGGGCUGUGCUAAGGAGUUUAUCAUCUGUUCUCGAAUAAUUUUAAUCGUCUAAUUGGACUUUUGAUGUGAAUGUUUUCUCAUGUCUCGGUGUAUUGUGAACUAGGGGCCACUUAUAUGUAAUAUAUAAUAUGUUCACACAACUAAUUAAUAGAAUACCAAGAUAAUUAUAUUUAUCAACACUCAUCUGUGGAAACAUUUUUUUUGUGUCGUCACAACAUUUAGAGGUUAGCUAACACUGGCUUGUUAUUAAAUAGUUGUGUGGACGUUUCCUUCUUUUGCAUUCACAUAUCAAUGUAACUGUAAUUAGAGUAAUAUUCGUCGUGUCGUGUGGAUGGCGCUUAAUAAUCUCAAUAAUUUUAAUGUUUGUCAUUUAUGUUUAUGUUUAACUCGUUUUGAAUCGUUUAAUCUCAGUAUUAAUCACUGUAAAUUUAAGAAUCUCUCGUUUUAAUUUUAGAUGUUUGUGAUCGUGCUGUUUAUUUUUUUAGCGUGAAAUGAAUAGAGUCGACGCGUCGUUUGUUUUGAUACCCGUAGGUAACAAUAUCAAGCGAUUAUU